AUGUCGAAUUUAAGAAGGUCUGAUAAUUCAAAUGAAAAGUAUGGUAUUGUCAUUGAUUCAGGCUCGUCUGGUUCUAGAAUUCAAAUAUACAAAUGGACUGACCAAAAAUUCGAAUUGAAAUCUUCCAAAGAUCAAUCUGUAUUGCAAUCGCCACCAAAGAUUACACAAGAAAAAGGAUGGACAAAGAAAAUUACACCUGGGAUCUCUACAUACAACUCAAAAGAUAAAUUUGGUAGAAUUUGGCAAGAUCAUUAUUCGGAGUUGUUAAAGUUCGCUGAAGGUAUCAUUCCUUCUGAAAAACAACCAGAAACUCCUGUAUUUGUUUUGAGUACUGCUGGGAUGAGAUUGUUGCCGAAAAAGACUCAAAAAUCAAUCGUAAAGGAGACCUGUACUGGUAUCAAACAAAACACCAACUUUUAUAUCCCUACUGAGAAUUGUGAGAAUUUUGUUGAAAUAAUCGAUGGAUCAACUGAAGGUAUAUAUGGGUGGCUCGGACUAAAUUAUUUGAUGAAACAAUUCAAUAAUUAUGAUAGCUCACAAGACAUCUUGCAUGAAUCUAUUGGAUUUAUGGAUAUGGGAGGAGCAUCCACUCAAAUUGCAUUUGUUCCAUCAUCUAAAGAACAAAUCACCAAACAUAAAGAGGACCUUUCGACUGUCACAUUAAGAAACAUUAAUGGGGAAACUCAAACAUGGGAUUUAUUUGUUGCCACAUGGUUAGGUUUUGGUGCAAAUCAGGCACGUAAAAGGUUUCUUAAUCAAUUAAUUAAUUUGGCAAUUGUUAAUGGAGAGAACUGGAAUAGUGAAAUUAACGAUCCUUGCUUACCAAAGGGAGCUUCAAUGGAAUAUAAUUACGAAAACAAAAAAUAUUUGGUGAAAGGAGUCGGGAACUAUGAAAUGUGUAUCAAGACAAUAUAUCCCUUGUUGAUGAAGAAUAUGGUUUGUAUUGAUGAGCCGUGUCUUUUCAAUGGUAUUCAUGGGCCCAAGUUUAAUUUUGAAAAAGACAAGUUCAUUGGUAUUUCUGAAUAUUGGUAUACUGCCAAUGAUAUUUUUCAAAGUGGUGGUGAGUACAAUUUCAAAACAUUUAACGCAAAGGUGAAAGAAUACUGUGAAAGCAACUGGGAUGAGAUUCUCAAAAAUUCCGAACAAGGUCAAUACUCAAAAUUAGAUCCCGAUAAAUUCCUUAAAGAUGCAUGUUUCAAAGCAAGUUGGGUCAUGAAUGUUUUGCAUGAAGGGUUUGAGUUACCUAGAAUCGGUUUUGAAACAGAAAAGGAAGAUCAGACUGAAGAAGAUAAGAAGAUAACUAAUGCUCACGUUCCGUUUAAAUCUGCUGAUUCAGUGGAAGGAGAAGAGUUAUCGUGGACGCUAGGUAAAAUACUUUUAUUUGCAUCAUCACAAAUUGAACCAAAAGAAGGAGAUACCGAGGCUAAGCAAAUUGGUAUAUAUCCUAGUCAAAUCUCUGGACAUAAAUUUGUACCGGGUGGUGUCUUGUUAUCUAGUGAUGGUGAUUAUUCGACUGACGAUGAAGAUGAUGAUUUGGGUGGUCAAUUUAGUCAUAUACUAUACUCGUUAAUUUUUGUUUUGUUGUUGUUAUUCUUUUUGUUUCAUUUUGGGAAAUCCCAUUUCGGAAGAUGGACAAAUAAGUUUAGAAGAUUUCAAAUACCGGUUGAAGUCAAAAGAGCGGUUAAUUCAAUUGGGUCUAAAAUUCCUGGAGUUAGGCAUUAUUUUGAAAAUAUUGUCAUGUUUCUGGACCUUCAAGAUCAAAAUAUAAUUUUAGAAGAAGGAAUAUUUGAUAACACAUCGUCUAAUAAUACCAAUUUUAAAAGCUUACAGAAUCAACAACAGCCUGCAUCUGCAUCUGUAUUAAGAACAAGACUGGCAAUAGGAUUAAACGAAGAUUCUGGGAAUGAUCAUAAAAGUGGCUCUGCACAAUCGCUUUCAAACUUUAACUCAAAGGGGAAUAACUAUUAUAACAAGUCGUUUUCGUCACCAAAUAAGAACAUUUAUAUAUCUGCCAACAAUAGCCGAGAGUCCUUAGCCAGAGCAUCUAGUAAUGCUUCUAUUCCUAGGUCUAAAAGCUCAUUAGAUUAA